CAAAAUUUGAAAUAAAUAAAUUAAACAAAGAAAUAGAAAGGAAAUCACGUAUGGUGAGAUGCAUGUGUAUAAAUUAAGUCGAUUCUUCACCCACCGUUUUCCUCUAAAUCGUCUCAACACAGCUGUUCAAUACCAAGAGCCAUACACAAAAAAAAAUAUAUUCUUUUAUAAAACAAUAAAAAGAAGAAAAUGUUGGGUUCGUCGGAAUGGAGUAGUGGAUGCGAGUCAGGAUGGACUCUGUACUUAGACCACUCUGUUUCUUCUUCUCCAAGUCCUUCUUGUUUUCGAGACAUCAAUGGAUUUGAAAACAGAAGAAGAAGCAAAGAUUCAUGGAACCAAAACUAUGUGCAUCGAGAAGAAGAUGAAGGUGAUGAAGAAGAAGACGAUUUAUCAAUGAUUUCAGAUGCAUCUUCUGGUCCAAGGAAUGUUUCCGGGGGUGAUUCUGUGAAAAAGAUAAGCAGUGUUGGUCUCAAGAAACAGAGCCAAAGAGAAAAGAAAAGAAGAGAUAAUGAGAAAAAGAAUUCUGUUCUUGAUGAUACUGCUAGUUCUCAUAUGUUGCAGAAAAGUGUUGGUGGUAAUAAGAUAGAGCAAACCUUUCCAGAAAGUACAUUGGAUUACUCGCAAGGCUUCUCAGCAACUCACUUUCAGGAAAAAGCAGCGUUCCGAGAGCAUUAUGGUUAUUUGCAUAUGGAAACAAGAUUCUAAAUAACCACAGGUGGUUUUUUAGUGUGGGGGUCAAAAGGAAGAGCAGCAAUUUUGGACAUUUGUGAAGCUUUGUGUCCUUAUGAAAGAAGGAAAGGAGUUUAAGCAAACAAACAAUAAAAAGUGCUAUUAAAACACACCCAAACAUGAAGGCUCUAAAAUCUCUAGUGGAUUUGAAUCUUUCAUCUUUUGCUUUGUAAUUUCGUCCAAGCGAGUUUUUCCUUGUAGCCGCCCUUAUGUAAACUCUUGUGUUUUACAACACUUCAAUUGCAAUUUUCUUCUGUCAUUAGCGUAACAAAGUGCCUAAUUAUAAGUUAUUUUUCUUCUUCUAAGAAGCAUUCCAAGAGCAAUAUGGAGUUUAUCCAUUCCGAACAUUCUUUCGGUUGUUUUCUCAAAUCUCGUAUUUUCUUAUCCU